AACAUGACGUCAGUACGUGCUUGAGCCUGCCCGAAAAUGUUCUCCCGUGUUGUUGGGUUUCGAAGGAGCGGCGGACUUUGCCGUGAAAUAAUACCUUUCCGCGCGUGAGGAGGGCACCGACGAGGCGCAUGGUUGUGAACCGCGGUCGUCCGCGCUCCCGUUGAGUGGUGAAACUGCGUCCGCGGGCGACUCCGACGGGAAGUUUGUGUGAUCGUUUCCUCCCGGAGUGAUGUCGAAUCCUGGGACUAGGAGGAACGGGUCCAGCAUCAAAAUCCGACUGACAGUACUAUGUGCCAAGAACCUUGCAAAGAAAGACUUCUUUCGUCUGCCAGAUCCAUUUGCCAAAGUUGUGGUGGACGGAUCGGGUCAAUGCCACUCGACGGACACAGUCAAGAGCACACUGGAUCCCAAAUGGAAUCAGCACUAUGACCUCUACAUCGGAAAGACAGACUCCAUCACCAUCAGUAUAUGGAACCACAAAAAGAUCCAUAAAAGACAGGGGGCAGGCUUCCUGGGCUGCAUACGACUUCUUUCCAAUGCCAUCAGCAGGCUAAAAGACACAGGAUACCAGCGUCUAGAUCUAUGUAAGCUCAACCCCUCAGACAGCGACGCGGUGCGGGGGCAGAUUGUCGUGAGUUUGCAGACGCGCGACCGCAUUGGCAGCGGCGGCCCCGUGGUGGACUGCAGAGGACUGCUGGAAAAUGAUGGGCCUGUGUUUGAGGGAUGUUUCAGUGAGGAGCCACUGCCCUAUUCUGACCCUACUGGUGCGGCGGGGGGUGGCAACUGCCGGCUUGACUCGCCCAGUCAGGAGAGCCGUCUUCAGACCCAGCGAAUCAGAGGGCAGGACUCCAGAGGCCAUGGCCACACCCCUCAGAACAGACCUCACGGGCACCAACCGCCUGAUCUACCAGAAGGAUAUGAGCAGCGAACAACGGUGCAGGGCCAGGUGUACUUCCUCCACACGCAGACGGGCGUCAGCACCUGGCAUGACCCUCGGAUACCACGGGACCUGGCCAGUGUGAGCUGCGAGGAGCUGGGUCCAUUGCCAGUGGGCUGGGAAGUCCGAAGCACUGUGUCUGGCCGGAUCUACUUUGUGGACCACAACAACCGAACCACACAGUUCACAGACCCACGCCUACACACCAUUAUCAGCCAGCAAUCCCAAGCAAAGGAAUCCUCCCAAACCACCCAGAUGGAUGUGGGGGGCGAUGACGGGGGAGGCGGAGGAGUCGGCGGCGGCAGUGGUGGAGGAGAUGGCGAUGUGGCAGCACGCUACGAGAGAGACCUGGUCCAUAAGUUGAAGCUGCUCCGGCAUGAACUGUCCUUGCAGCAGCCUCAAGCGGGACACUGUCGCAUAGAGGUGUCCCGAGAGGAGAUCUUCGAGGAGUCAUAUCGGCAGAUAAUGAAGAUGAGGCCCAAAGACCUGAAGAAGCGUCUCAUGGUGAAGUUCAGGGGAGAGGAGGGCCUGGACUAUGGUGGGGUGGCCAGGGAGUGGCUGUACCUGCUGUGUCAUGAAAUGUUGAACCCCUAUUACGGCCUGUUCCAGUACUCCACAGACAAUAUCUACACACUUCAGAUCAACCCCGACUCCUCCAUCAACCCCGACCACCUCUCAUAUUUCCACUUUGUGGGUCGUGUGAUGGGCCUUGCAGUUUUCCAUGGUCACUACAUCAACGGGAGCUUCACGCUGCCUUUCUACAAACAGCUGCUAGGCAAACCCAUCCAGCUCAACGACCUGGAGACCACCGACCCGGAGCUGCACAAGAGCCUCGUCUGGAUAUUAGAGAACGACAUCACUUCAGUCCUCGACCACACAUUCUGCGUGGAGCACAAUGCCUUUGGAAAGUUUUUACAACACGAGCUCAAACCUAAUGGACGGAAUAUUUCCGUCACUGAGGACAACAAGAAAGAAUAUGUGAGACUUUAUGUAAACUGGAGGUUUAUGAGAGGAAUUGAAGCUCAGUUUCUGGCUCUCCAGAAGGGAUUCAGUGAGCUCAUCCCCCAGCAUCUCCUCAAACCUUUUGACCAUAAAGAACUUGAGCUGAUCAUCGGUGGCCUGGGGAAGAUCGACCUUGCAGACUGGAAGACAAACACCCGGCUGAAGCACUGCACAAGUGAAAGCAACGUGGUGCGGUGGUUCUGGCAGGCGGUGGAGGCCUUCAGUGAGGAGAGAAGAGGACGCCUGCUGCAGUUUGUCACAGGCUCCACCAGGGUCCCACUACAGGGUUUCAAAGCACUGCAGGGCUCUACAGGUUCUGCAGGACCAAGGCUCUUUACCAUCCAUUUGAUAGAUGCCAACACAGACAACCUGCCCAAGGCUCAUACGUGUUUUAACAGGAUAGACAUCCCACCCUACGAGUCUUACGAGAAACUUUAUGAGAAACUGCUGACGGCUGUGGAGGAGACCUGCGGCUUCGCCGUGGAGUGACGGAUCCCCGACCAAAACCAACAUACAAAGUUACACUUGUGCUUGCACACGACUCUUUGACAUUUUUACAUGUGCACACUCAUCAACAGAAUAUCGAGUAUACAAAGAGUAUACAGAGCAGCCGAGCAUCACCGAGAACACAGUCUCUGGCCACCUCUUCACCACCGAACUGUUGGGGGUUUAAACGAGGAAGCACAGUAGGAGUGGGAUGGGGUGGGGGGGUAUUUUAAAAUUUUUCAGAUGUUUUGAAGAAGCAUUUUUAUCCUUCAGUUUUAACAAGCUAUGAUGUCAUUCUUCAGAAUGUUUAACCGCCACCGUCGCGCUUGAGUCUCCGGACAGAAUCGGCCACAACCAUGUUAUGAGCCUGCGAACAAGAGAUGUUGAGAUUCGACGUGUGAACAACAAGGUGGAGACUGAUUGUCCUACUGUCUGACAAGUUGAUUGAUCGACUAAUAUUCAUGCUUCAUGUUUAACCACUGUCGUGUGUGUGUGUGUGUGUGUGUGUGUGUGUGUGUGUGUGUGUGUGUGUGUGUGUGUGUGUGUGUGUGUGUGUGUGUGUGUGUGUGUGUGUGUGUGUGUGUGUGUGUGUGUGUGUGUGUGUGUGUGUGUGUGUGUGUGUGUGUGUGUGUGUGUGUGUGUGGCAUGGCACCCAGUUACGCAGUUUAAAAAAAAAAAAAGAAAAGGAAAAAAAAAAAGAUCAAAUGAGCCUGCUCCUCUUGUCUGGUAAAUUUUUGUCUCCUCUGUUUGUAUCUGCGACCACUCUGAUCCACUCUGAUAUUUUAUUAUUUAUUACUAAGUGAUUACCGACCAAGCUGCUAUGUGCUCUACAAAGAGCAGACACUAAUCUCUUCAUCACCCCCUCGACCAGAGUCGAAGGGUCAAUUCACUUGCAAUUCAAGUAAUCCACAAAGUGGGUUUUAUUGAAUUUCGUUACAUUUUUUUUUUUAACAUUCAUAUUAUUGCGGUGAAAUACUCUUGUCAUUGUAUGGAAACUGUUAGUGUUUUGGUGUUGAAAAUACCAUGUUACAUUUAUUGAAGUGAAAGGGAGUUACUUUCCCAGCCCUCAUUUUAAAAUCUAACUCUGCUGACGUCAAGGAGCGGGCCCGAGGGCAAGGCCUGGAUGUUUUUCAGAAUGAGCCACGAGGAUGGAGAGAAGGAGUCGGCUUCAGGAAUUCUUCGGUUGUAUGUGACAUGUAUAAUAAAAUCUCAUAAGCCUUUCAUACAUGUUUCAUCAUCCAUUUCACCAACCUUUUUUGGCUUCUUUGUGGCCCUGAUUUUCUCUCUGCCCUUCUCUCUUUUUGUCAGUAGUCUGAAUGUUAGGAAAAGCAUUCAUCCUCUUCACGACCAUCAUGAAUGAACAAAGUCUCUUUACAGUCAGUAAUUCUCCAUAGAAGUGAAUGGAAUCAAAAACCUAAAUGUUGAGCGCAUCGUGUGGAAAAACAUUGAAAUCUGUCGUAGAUUGAAGCGUGAAGCCUGUUCAGCAGUAUCAUUUCAGUCUGGGUUUUUUUAGGUUCUGAGUUCACUGUGUAAUGGAUGCAAGAGUAUUGUAACUUACUAUGUACUAAACAUUUAUGAAAAAUACAAUGUAAAUAAGAUUAUAUUAAAAGAAAUUAAAUUGAAAGUA